AUGCCGAAUCUCAACCCCUUCGUGCGCAGCACUACUAUACCCUAUCACCACGUUUCCAAAGAAUUCACCGAGCACGAAGAUGACCGCAGUCCAACAGAAAAUCGGCCCUCAACUCUACCAGAUGAAAUCGACAAGCUUAUCGCCGAACAAGGACGUCGACGCACACGCCGCAAACACGCUUUCUGCUACGCAUUUGUUUGUCUUGUUAGCCUACUCACCGGCAGCAUCCUGAGCCAACUUUUCUUCCGUCUCGAGGUCGAAAUCGACGGGUAUCCUGCCCACCUCCUCAAAGACGUCGUCUGGCACCGCAACGAAACCUUCCAGGCCCCACCCAGCCCGGAAUCGGAAAAGGCCUGGAUGGCACUGAUGCCCAAGGGGCGCGGCAGCGUGCGCUAUCCCAAGGACAGCCCUGUGGAAAAGGGCAUCACUGUCUUCCAUGGUAUCCACUGUCUCGCCAGCUAA